CUUUCAGAGCUUCCGCUGGCCUCAGGUAGCGGUGAGCCGUUUAGACUGACCUUGGGCAAGGCUUUGGCAAGCAGCUACUGGCAGCUCCCGACCGGCUCACGCGGUGGUAGGGGCGGUCCAGGAAAGUUCCGCCGCGGAGACUCGUGGGGGAGGCCCGGGAAUCGUAAGCGGAAUUGGCUUCCCUUUGUCGAAUGGAGGGAGGGAGUUUAGUCGGAGUAAAGAGCACCAGACUCCCGCUCAGUCCUCGACUGCGUGGUCGCUUCUUUUUCAAAGAAGAAUGGAGGAAAAUAUGAAGCUUGCUACAGUGGAAGACACUGUGGAGUAUCACCUAUUCCUGAUACCAGAUGAACCAAGGGACCCAGAAAAACACAAAGAGAUUCUUCAAAAGUAUAUCGAGAGGAUAAUGACUCAUUUUGCACCUUUGCUGGUCCCCUAUAUCUGGCAGAAUCAGCCUUUCAAUCUCAAAUAUAAACCUGGGAAAGGAGAUGUUCCUGCUCAUAUAUUUGGCAUGACAAAGUUUGGGGAUAACAUUGAGGAUGAAUGGUUUAUUGUUUAUAUAGUAAAGCAGAUUACCAAGGAAUUUCCAGAGUUAGUAGCAAGGAUUGAAGACAAUGAUGGUGAAUUCUUGUUAAUAGAAGCUGCUGACUUUCUCCCUAAAUGGUUGGAUCCUGAUAAUAGUGCCAAUAGGGUGUUUUUCUACCAUGGAGAACUGUGCAUUAUUCCUGCUCCAAGGAAACCUGGAGCAGUGUCCUGGUUACCCACCACACCCCCAACAGUCCCUCAAGCAUUGAAUAUAAUCUCAACACACCCAGAAGAAAUUUUAGCUUCAGAAUCUAUACGAGCUGCUGUGAAUAGGCGCAUCAGAGGAUACCCAGAAAAAAUUCAAGCCUCUCUUCAUCGCGCACACUGCUUCCUUCCAGCUGGCAUUGUAGCAUUGUUAAAGCAGCGCCCCAGAUUGGUGGCUGCAGGAGUCCAAGCAUUUUACCUACGGGACCCCAUUGACCUGAGAGCCUGUCGUGUUUUCAAGACUUUCUUGCCUGAAACACGAAUAAUGACAUCGGUGACUUUCACUAAAUGUCUCUAUGCACAGUUGGUACAACAAAGGUUUGUGCCAGACCGGCGGAGUGGAUACAAGAUGCCUCCUCCAUCUCAUCCCCAGUAUCGAGCCCAUGAAUUGGGCAUGAAGUUGGCUCAUGGAUUUGAGAUCUUGUGCUCCAAAUUUAGCCCACAUUUUUCUGACUCCAAGAAAUCCUUCAUGACUCCCUCACCACUCUGGGCUGGCUUCCUCGAAAGUCUGAAAAAGAAUGAUUACUUUAAGGGACUGAUAGAAGGUUCUGCUGAGUACCAGGCAAGGCUAGAAAUGGCAAAGAACUACUUCCAACUGUCAGUAAACCGAUCAGAAAGUUCUCUUGCUAUGAGCCCAGGUGAAGAAAUCUUAACCUUAUUACAGACCAUACCAUUUGAUAUAGAAGAGCUUAAGAAGGAAGAAGCUAAUCUUCCCCCAGAAGAUGAUGACCAGUGGUUAGAUCUCUCACCAGAUCAGCUGGACCAGCUGCUGCAGGAAGCUGCUGGCAAAAAAGAUGCUGAGCCAGUUUCCAAGGAGGAAGAGAAUUAUGACUUAAGUCAAGUCUCAGAAAGCAUGAAAGCUUUCAUUUCCAAAGUCUCAACCCACAAAGGAGCAGAGCUGCCUCGAGAACCUUCUGAGGCUCCAAUCACUUUUGAUGCAGACUCUUUUUUAAAUUAUUUUGACAAGAUUUUAGGGCCAAGUUCUCCUGAAUCAGACUCCGAUGAUCUGGAUGAGGAAGACUUUGAAUAUUUAGACAGUGAUGAUGACUUGGAUCUUAAAACACAGGAGACUGAGGAGGAUGCAUCUGUGAAAGGAACUCUUAAUAAUCUCAAGUCAUACAUGGCCCAGAUGGACCAGGAAUUGGCACAUACCAGUAUCGGCAAAAGUUUCACCACCCAGAAGCAAAUGGAACCUCUAUCCCAGACUACCAAUAAUAAUUCAGAUGAGGAAGAUUCUGGUGCAGGAGGAUCUAUUAUGACACCAGUGGAUGUAGACCUGAACCUGGUUUCAAAUAUACUGGAAUCCUAUAGUUCCCAAGCUGGACUGGCAGGACCUGCGUCGAACCUUUUACAAAGCAUGGGCGUACAGCUGCCUGAUAACACUGAUCACAGGCCUACAAGUAAGCCGAUGCAAGAUUAGCCAGCACACCUAGCCUUUCUUUUUUUCUUCUUAAAUAAAUAUUGAGUCUCAACUGUG